AUGACGCUGACAUGCAGUUGUCCAACCGAGCGUCGGACUCCUCCCAGCCCGCCAUGUCGCUGGGGUCGACCGCCGACAACUCGACGUUGUCACGCGCUGAGUCCUACAAGGACCAGCGUCGUAAGUACCGACAUGAGAAGAAGCGUGUCGCGCAGGAACUGCUCAGUACCCUGAAGGAUCCUUCUGUGGUGGUGCUGGCCGAGUGGCUCAAGGUGCGCGGCACUCUUAAGGGCUGGACCAAACUCUGGUGCGUGCUCAAGCCGGGCAUGCUGCUCCUCUACAAGAGCUCCAAGGCUAAGAGCGGGCACUGGUGUGGCACGGUGCUGCUCAAUACGUGCGAGAUCAUCGAGCGACCCUCCAAGAAGGACGGCUUCUGCUUCAAGCUCUUCCACCCUCUGGAGCAGAGCAUCUGGGCCACCCGUGGUCCACAGGGAGAGUCUAUAGGCGCUGUAGUGCAGCCGCUGCCUUCCUCGCACCUGAUCUUCAGAGCCCCGUCUCAGGCGGCGGGCAAGUGCUGGAUGGACGCCAUGGAGCUGGCGGUGCGCUGCUCCAGCAUCCUGCUGCGCUCCAUGGCGACCACUCCGGGCCGUGACGCUCCUGACGCCCUCACCACCGCCCACUGGAAUGAGGCUGACUUCGAGAAGCAUUUCAUGGACCAGGCAGUUCCAGUGAUGCCGGUGCCGGUGGCCUUUCUCAGGCGUGUCGUUGCCGCUGAUCUGGACGACGCUUCACACACUGACGAGAAAGAGCGGUCGUCAUGUGGCCACGGCACGGACACGGACAGUGACGACAACACGACCGUGGCGGCAACCACCACCACCACCACAAACGACAACAAUAGCAGCAGCGGCGUGCCCAAACCCCAGCAGCAGCAACAGCGGCCGCCUCACAGACCGCGUCGUCGGCUGCAACGGCCCAGCGACGCUUCAGGCCAGGCUGUCGAAGACCCAGCAAGACGACUGCGCGGGAACAGCAGCGUGUCGUCUGAGCAGCCUGGUGACGACGAAGACGAAGAGUACGAAGACGAUGAGGAGGACGUGCUGGAGGACGACGAUGAUGAGGAAGAGGAGGAGGAAGAGCACGUCGAGACCUCCUACAUCGAGAACCACGAGGAGUUUGUGUGCGAGGGCGGAGGAGGCCAGCAGGAGGAGCUGGGGGAAGAGAACAAGUCGCUGAUCUGGUGCCUGGUGAAGCAGGUCAGACCUGGCAUGGACCUCAGCAGGGUCGUCCUGCCUACCUUCAUCCUGGAGCCUCGCAGCUUCCUGGACAAACUCUCCGACUACUACUACCAUGCAGACAUUCUGUCCAGAGCUGUACAAGAAGAUGAUCCAUUUGACCGCAUGAAGGAGGUGGUGAGAUGGUAUCUGUCAGGUUUCUACAAGAAACCUAAAGGCCUCAAGAAACCCUACAACCCAAUACUGGGCGAAACCUUUCGCUGUUACUGGCGACAUCCCAACGGAUCCCGCACCUUCUACGUCGCCGAGCAGGAGCGUCGCCUGCCGCGGUUCACAGUGACGCCGGAGCAGCAGGGCCCCAUGGAGAGCGAGCGUCUGUGGCUCCUCGUGUCCCAGGCCAUCCGCAACGACGACCAGGUUGCGGCGACGGAGGAGAAGAGUCUGCUGGAGGAGGUGCAGCGCUCCGACGUCAGGGAGCGCAAGGCGAAGUGCGAGGAGUGGCAGCCUAAAUACUUCACUCAGGACCCGUUGACGGGGGCCUACGUGUACAACUAUGCGGACCUGCGGCCGUGGGACCCGCGCACCGACCUGCACCAGUACGAGUACGAGUAUCGCAUCAGCACCAAAACCCGCCACAAGCACCUCAAGGAGGGUAGGUCCUCCGCCCCCUGCGUCUCCGGCAGCCAGGCUACCUCACUCACCGCGUCCAUCAUCUCCAUGGACCCCAAGUGUCUGAUGAUGGAGCCUGGCCCCAGACUGAUGGGGGUGACGGAGGGUGUAGAGUCCCCCACCACAGACCUCUCUGAUCCCCUCAUCCCGACGCCGCUCGUCAUGGCCACGUCCUCUGCAGGUGGCCACACCACCGCUGCGGCUGACCUCAAUGCUGUUAGUUGUGUGAGCAGCGCCCUGGAGCGCCUGGAGAGCACGCAGGUGCGUCUGCUGCAGGAGGUGCAGAAGUUACGGCAGCAGAUGGACGGCGUGAAUUCAUCCCUGGGCAGCCAGCGGCUGAGCCCCCCAUCUCGCAUGCCCUGGACGCACCUGCUGGGGGUGCUCGUCUUCAGCUUCUUGUGUCAGCUGAUCCUGACGAAGAUCUCGCGACCGCUCUGAGAAGCGUCCUAUCAGUUCACAUCACCAGCUCCCACUUCAGGAUUAAAGCCUGCUUAGCUCACAACAAACUUCAGCUUCAAUGAAUUUGUGUGCGUUAACGCCGGUAUAAAUUCUAUUGGAAAUGUUAAGAGGACAAGAAUUUUAUUUUGUCGUAGAUGGUUUGACUGUUUUAAGUCUAACUGCCGUAUACAGCCAACAAUGUUCUCCUUUAAACGUUGCUCCAAACGCUGCUGAGAUCCUGUAAUGUUAGAAUCCUGUUUUUGUCUAAUGUUUUUUUUUAUUGUUUUUUAUAUAUCCCAUUAUGUAAGGUUUGAUAGACAUUCGUUCAUAUUUCAUGAGGUCACACCCGCCACAAAUGCAGGAUUCAUAAAUUGUUGCAUACGACAUCAUGUCGAAUGCAUCUUUCAUAUCAAGCGGCAAAACCGUCACCAGCGAAUGACGAUAAGUACAUCCGUGUGACGGGAGGCCAUUUUCAAAUGCCUCUUUGCAUCAACAUUUCGCGCACUAAUCUCUUGAAGAGAGCUUUGUUAUAUGUAGUGGCGGCAACUGGUUCAGGCCAGAGGUUGUUUAGAGGCCGGGUCCUGCCGCUAUAAUUGCUUCAUUUAAUCGCAAAAUUAGAAUGGCGAAACUUUGGUGGUUGUGAUCACGUGACUAAUUGUGUUCGUGAAUAAAAGAGAGUUCUUGUCAACUUUGUGAAGUAAUUAAUUAAUUUGUUCAACUUCAUGGUGGUUGAUAUUGGCCAAACUUUAAUAUUGUACAGCAACCGCUUUGCGUGACCAUGAAGCAUGACUUCUGGUCCCAAGAUUUCUGGUGAUAACAAGAAAUCAUGAGGCAUGUUUUUUUGUUAUCACCCUCAGCUACAUACCUUGUUAUUACCCACCUUUUUAUCACCCACAUCAGUGAUUGCAUUUGUGAUGGCUUUGAAAUCCAACACCUUUCAACAAAUCUGCUCUGUAAACUGGAAGCUAAAUCAAGCUGGAAAUUUUAAUUGUUAUAAUAAUCCAUCGGUUGUGCGUGUGAGAAAUUUAUAUGUAAAAUCAGACGAUGAUGGUACUUGAGAAUAAGUGAGAAGUCCAACACGCAAGACGUAAUCAUGUUUACUGCUAUGCUAAAUUCAAGCUCAGUUGAAUUUAUAUUUCCCGAGUUGAAGUUACUUAUUACAACAUUUUUAUAUUGGUCAUGUAAAUGUUUCCCAUUUGUUAUUUAUUCAUGUACACUUAUAUGAGAAGAGAUGUUGACAGUACAGUUGCGAACUUUAGUAUAUGUUUGCAGCCCAUGCAUCGCUGAGAAGACAUUUACUAGUUCUGUAGUGUAUGCCUGGCUCGCUGCUGUCAGUUGAGCAUAGACUGAGGUUUCUGGCAAACGAAAAAAAGGGAAUUGUUCUUGAAUGCAGCAGGUACUUAACUUUUAUGAAUGAAGCAAGUACCGCUUGUUUAUGAAUGAAGCAGGUACCCCUUGUUUAUGAAUGAAGCAGGUACCCCUUGUUUAUGAAUGAAGCAGGUACCCCUUCUUCAUGAAUGAAGCAGGUACCGCUUGUUCAUGAAUGAAGCAGGUACCGCUUGUUCACGAAUGAUGCAGGUUUCUUACUUUUAUGAAUGCAACCGUUACCUCUUCUUUAUGAAUGAAGUAGGUAAAGCUUGUUCAUGAAUGAAGUAGGUACAGCUUGUUAAUGAAUGCUGCAGAUAUCUUGCGUUUAUGAAUGAUGUAGAUCCAUCUUUUCUUAUAAAUAAAGAAGGUAUAUAAUGUCCGAGAGAGGUAGACACGUGCGGCUUUCCUAGAUUUUUACUCCGAAAAAUAAAUGGUUCAAUUGUAAGAAAAGAUGCACUUCUUUCCAACCAUUCUCUCCCAUUUGCGUCAUGUUGACCCGGUUUUGGUAGGCAAUAAGAUACAGAUCAGUUUCGAAAGACUUCAACACUUACGCGAGCUAGUAGCACUGAUUCGGCCACUUAUUGCUCGUGCCUUGAGACAUAAUAGUGCAUCCUUUGGACCACUAAUUUCUCUGAGUGUAUAUUUGUACGAAAGUUGCCGUAACACACACGCGCUCCAUCAGAGGCCUGCAGCCAGUGAGACCUUGGGACGAAUGAACAUCCCGCCUGCUCUGAAAUAUUUUGUGUAAUGAACAAUAUAGAUGCAAGCGCUUGUGGUUGGUUCUUUACAUGCAGCCAAAAAUUACGUGCUCCUUCUCAAAGCCUUCUGCAAUACAGAGUCGAUCAACCUGCUAUCUGUCCGGCCAUAUGUAGUUCGGUCUCGUGAUCUGAACUCCUAGGCUCCUUUUCAUCGCUUGUUGCGUUCGGAAUGCAGAGCGGUGUCAGUUCGCCAAGUUUCCUUGGCAAACUGACUGACUGUUUUUCCUGUAUUGAAGGUUUCCUUUUAAUAGGACAAUUAAGAGACAAUAUUAUUACUCAUGUUGUUCUGAUAUUCCUCGAAAUGAGCAGAAACUGAUUAGCUGAUGGGGAAGAUUACCUUCGAUUCCAAUUCUUUGUCCGCGUUUUCUGAGCUUGAUUUUGAGGAUUAUGACGAUAACAUCACUUGUCGUCACGUGGAUGUUGAAACUCUCCUGGGAGGCGGGCGAGCGGUCUCGUCUCGGCGCUUUACAUCCAUGACUUGCUACGCCAAAGUUUUCUUCUUUUUCCAAUGUUAUGACUAGGGAUACGAGAGUAUUGAUUGAUAAUCAAUAUUGAUUAUCAAUAUUGAUUAUCUCGUAUUAAUAUGAGAUAAUCAAUACGAGGGUAUUGAUUAUCUGUGUUAGAAUCACCUUUUUGUUGAUGUUCAUUCAGGUUUUCUUGAGUUUUGUGGCAGGAAGGAAUUAGCUGUCAAGUCCAUUUGAAGCGUCCUCAAGCUUUAGGUUACAAUUUUCUGAUGUGAAACACUGAAUUAGCUGCGUAGGGUUUGACACACCUUAGACUUAGAGAUUUUUAACCUCAUUGUGUUAAUUAACAUUUGACUGCGAAUGCAUUAACUUUCUUCAAUGCUAUUAGCAUCUAAGAGCCUGGUAACGAGCGUUACUGUCAUAGAGUUGAGCUGAAAAGCCAGCUGCUGCAUCGAGCAAGUUGCUGCAGUGACAAAAUAAGCCUCGAGUUCAGUAGGUAAUUAUCCUCGUGUAUGACCAUAGUUUUGAUACGCUUAGCUAGACCUCCAGAGGGAGGCAUUUUUUUAACCUUGUGGCCACUGCUAAGUUCCAUGUGUAAUUUCCACAGCAAUAUUUCCUACCCCGUGCUGAGGGCGCAAUGAUUUUUUACUAGUUUAGUCUGUGCGUGUAGUAAUUUUAUUCGAAAGAUUGCCGUUAUCUGUUGGAGCAAGACGUUCUUCUUGCGUUGUGCUUCUUACCUGCGUUUUCGGGGCUUUCAGUGAGACGCACAAAACUACUUCUGCUGUUCUAUUUUUUCUCUUCACCAGAUUUGUUCUUGUAAUUCAGAGGCGAGAGAUAUUUUAUGGCAUGUUGUAGUAGAUCUCGAUGUACGCUCGUAUUUAAUAUUCUUUCAUUGUACUUCGGUUUACUUCAACUUUCAUACUUGUCAACGCUCAAAAUUUUGUGUAGCUCUACGAAUUUCCUAACUGAGUGCUUUCAAAUGGUAAUUACCUCUCAAAGGUGAUUUCGUGUCCUCUUCACGAGUGGACAUUCGUCCGUUUCACUCGCCAGUAUACUAGCGUCGCUUAAUAUGCACGACAAUAUAACGAGCGUUUCGUGUAUGUGACAGUUGAGGUAUCGUGUUAUAACAGUUAAUUCAUGUUUAGCAGUAAAAUGAUUUCCACGUCGUAACAGUCGAUAUUGCUGCGCGUUGCUUACUGACCAAUCACAACUGUGCGCUACUUCUGAAAACACAAUCGCGCUCCUCUUUCAACUCUAUAAUUUUUAGUUCAUUUUACAAUGUGUAGAGAUUUCGAAUUACCGAAAUUCUUUUAUCUGAACUUUUACCAGCGAAAAAUUAACUAGAAUGUGUAUAGUUAACAAAAUUGAAGGGUUACAGCCGGUCAUAAUAUAUCGUUGUGGGUAUUCUUUCUCUGUUUGAACGCCUACUGCACUGUUAGAAAAAGAAAAACUGAAAAAAACGGUCCCACUGGCGUUC